AUGUUCUCCAAGUGGAUAAGCCUGCUACUAAUACCUCUCGUCCUCUCAACCCCCACAACAUCAACCGUACCCGCAAAAUUCAACAACAACAACACCAUCACCAUCUACAAAACCAACACCAACAACAACAUCAGCUACACGCCCCCAACCCACAAAUGCAGCAAACCCGGCUUCUUCAAAUCCGACCACCGCCCCUCCUGGCCCGAAUGCAACCGCGCCAUCCGCGCCCUCCCCACCACCCACGACAGCGCCCCCUUCCACAAUAACGGCGCCAACAACGGCUACCGGCUGCCCGCGAUGGAGCGCUUCGGGCGGUGCCGCGCGCAGGUGGAGCUCGAGGCGCGCGAGGCGGUGGUGAGCAGCUGGGUGGAAGUGACGGCGGCGUUGGACCAUCUCAGCACACUGUGUCGGAGGGCCUCGUCGUACGGGGAGGAGAAGACGGGCGGGUGGAUGCUCAUGGGGCCGGAGGAUCGGAUCAAGGUAUCGUUGCUUGGGCCGGACGAUCCGAUUUCUGGGGCAGUGAAGGAGUAA